GUCUGAUGGACGCACGACAGAUGGAUUGGUUUCUUGAUGACUAAAAAUCUCGAAAUCGUUGAUCCUUUGCUUACUAAUGUGCAGCAAGGUCUUCAGCAAAGGAAUUGGCAUCUAAUAUCCAUUAACGUAAUCAAAAUGUGAACGAUUGUACCUAAAAAUAAGAAUAACAAAAGAUAACGGUAUCACAGUUUUACCGUCUAUGAGUAACUCGGAUGAAGUUCAGGUUCCUUGGGGAAAGGGAAUCAUUGGAUAUGUAGCUGAGCAUGGAGAGACAGUCAACAUCCCAGAUGCUUAUCAGGACCGUCGCUUCAGUGAUGAGAUUGACAAGCUGACAGGAUACAAGACCAAGUCCCUCCUGUGUAUGCCCAUCCACAACAGUGAUGGGCAGAUCAUUGGAGUGGCCCAGGCAAUCAACAAGAGUCCAGGUGGGGCAAUCUUCACUGAAGAUGAUGAGAAGGUGCUGCAGAUGUACCUGCCCUUCUGUGGGAUCGCCAUCUCCAACGCACAGCUCUUUGCCGCCUCCAGAAAGGAGUACGACAGGAGUCGGUCACUUCUGGAGGUGGUCAAUGACCUGUUUGAGGAGCAGACCGACCUGGAGAAGAUUGUGAGGAAGAUCAUGCACCGCGCCCAGACUCUGCUCAAGUGUGAACGCUGCUCUGUCCAACUCCUGGAAGACAUUGAGUCACCGGUGGUGAAAUUCACAAAGUCUUUUGAACUGCUGUCUCCCAAAUGCAGUGGAGACACCGAGAGCAGUUUCAAGGACAGCAUGGAGAAGUCCUCCUACUCUGAUUGGCUCAUCAACAACAGUAUAGCUGAGUUGGUAGCCUCCACUGGUCUGCCUGUCAACAUCAGUGACGCCUAUCAGGACCCCCGGUUUGAUGCAGAGGCAGACCAGUUCUCUGGCUUCCACAUUCGCUCUGUUCUCUGUGUACCUAUUUGGAACAGCAACCAUCAAAUAAUUGGUGUAGCUCAGGUACUCAACAGGCUGGACGGUAACCAGUUUGACGACGCAGACCAGAGGCUGUUUGAGGCCUUUGUGAUCUUCUGCGGCCUGGGCAUCAACAACACGAUCAUGUACGACCAAGUGAAGAAGUCCUGGGCCAAACAGUCAGUGGCUCUCGACGUUCUAUCCUACCAUGCGACAUGUUCCAAGACGGAGGUUGACAAAUUCAAGGCAGCUAACAUCCCCCUUGUUUGCGAGCUUGGCAUCGAUAAGCUCUCCUUUGAUGAUUUCUCUCUGGACGUGGACGCCAUGAUAACCGCAGCCCUCAGGAUGUUUAUGGAGCUGGGCAUGGUGCAGAAGUUCAAGAUCGACUAUGAGACUCUGUGCAGAUGGUUGCUGACGGUCAGGAAGAACUACCGAAUGGUGCUCUACCACAACUGGAGGCACGCAUUCAACGUCUGCCAGUGCAUGUUCGCCAUGCUAACGACGGCUGGUUUCCAGGAGACCCUGACUGAGAUAGAGAUCCUGGCUCUCAUAGUGGGCUGUGUCUGCCAUGACUUGGACCACCGUGGAACCAACAAUGCCUUCCAGACCAAGACAGGCUCAGCCUUGUCGCUGUUGUACGGAACCUCGGCUACUCUGGAGCAGCAUCACUUCAACCAUGCUGUCAUGAUCCUGCAGAGUGAGGGACACAACAUCUUCUCCAACCUGUCUUCCAGAGAAUACAGUGACCUCAUGCAGCUGUUGAAACAGUCCAUCUUGGCCACAGACCUCACACUCUACUUUGAGAACAGAAACACCUUUUUUGAGCUGGUCAACAAAGGUGAAUACAACUGGAAUGUGAAGGCCCACAGAGACAUGUGUAGAUCCAUGUUGAUGACAGCGUGUGACUUGGGGGCCGUCACCAAACCCUGGGAAAUAUCACGCAAGGUUGCAGAGCUAGUCACCAGCGAGUUCUUUGAGCAAGGCGACAGAGAGCGAUCAGAACUGAAGCUCACUCCAUCAGCCAUCUUUGAUCGAAACCGGAAGGAUGAGCUGCCGGGGCUACAGCUGGAGUGGAUCGAUGGGAUCUGUGCUCCGCUUUAUGAGACGUUGGUGAAAAUAAACUCCAAGCUUCAACCAAUGGUUGACUUGAUUCGUGCCAACAGGGCCAAGUGGGAGGAGCUGAACAAUGAGAGACAACGCAGCCAGAGUGAGUCCAAACCCACAAGCCAUUGCAGCAGUGAUGCCACGGAAACAACCAGUUGUUCUCUGGAAGACACACAUUUCUCUGCCGGGGACCCUCCAAAACCUGCGAGCUAGCUCCUGCUAACCUUUCCAGGCAAUCUUUUCUCUGCCUCUUAGCUUCUUUACUCUUCAUAUAAGCCCGCAGAAUAGGCAGUGCAUUGCAGUUCAUGCAGAGAUUACUGGGCUCUGCUCCUUGCUUUUGCCACUAGAGAUGGGCUUUAAAACCACAGUCACGGUUUUCCUGCACUUCCCCAGCUCCUUCCUAUGUGGGAGACUGAUAGAGCUGCUUCUGACACGUUUAGACAGAAGAGCGCAGCUAGCGGGUCAAGUGUUUUUACACAUGUGAGGAAACUUCAAAGCUCGUGUCAGAUUAGCAAACAGAGAUAAGCCAGUUGAAGGAGAAAGCAGCAACCUUUACCACAGGGCACACAGAGUUUCUAGAAAGAUCUAACUGUUGUUCAUUCCUUGCGUUGCUUAAGAUAUUUGUCGCUAGAAUCUUUUUACUUGGGCGGUUGGGUUGGUUACUCUGUUUUUUUAUUGUACAUAUGAGACUUGAAGAUACGGUGUGAAUUUGCUUAUUUGUGUUACCUCUGUCUGUAGAGUUAGUGUUGGAGGUCAAGUGGUUGGUAACCAACAGGGCCUGUGGCACUGCCUGCCAUACAAAUCCACUUCCCGUGCCUUGUUUUAAACCCCUCGUGAAAAAUGCAUGGCGUUGUUACACAAAGAGAUCCUUCAGUAGCUUGAGAAACUCCCCUUUUAGCAUUCCGAGUUUGGUCUCCCGUGUUUCAGUUGGAGAGUAUUUUAAUAUAUGUAAUGUUCCAUUAGAAGUGUUCCAUGGACCGGUGAAGAAGUUGUUUUAUACUCUACACGACUGACAAAGGGAUCAGUCGCACACAUACAGAAAAAAAGGUGCCUUUUACGAAAUUGUUCUGAUCUUAUUCCACUUUAUGAAUAGUUUACACUUAACCAUCUAAACUGGUUUUAGCCAUCUCAAUGAUGUGCUUGUAAUUAGUCAAUGGCCUCUAGAGUAUAUCAGUUCAUUGCUCUAAUAUUGCGCAAGUUGAUUGAACAGAGAACAGCGAUAGAUUCUGCUGAUGCUUUUUCAGCUGAGUAAGAACAGCAUCAGGGGAAUGUCACACUAACGGCAGCUCAUUUCAUGUAGUGAACAGAGGAUACCAAGUCAUUACAAAGCAAACGUACCCUACCAGAACCCUUUGAUUCACUAAUCUAAAUGUUUUGAUUCAUUAAAGGAAACUAUGAACAUAUUUUGAUCCCUGUAGGACAGAAAGUGUGCUGCUUGUAGCAGCAUUAGCUUCCUUUUUAAAUUAUUUUAAAUUUAAAAUUUUUUGGGGGUAUGAAAUGUGUUGUAGCUUUGUUCAUUGGAGUUUAAACAUGUAGCUGUGCUCAUUGUGUGGCAUGGAUCUUUGUGCUACUGCUUUGGGUGGAAACACAUUGAUCAUGGGAAAUUCAAUUGCAUGAUGUGACUGCAGUAUUGAAAUCAACCAACUGCUAUGGAUGUAGCAAACAAAAACAUGAGCCAAGAAAUACCUCGUACUUUAUUAUUAAUAUGCAUAUUACUAUUUCACUUAUUUGCAUGGAUUAUACAAUUGCAUCAUGUUUGGUGGAGUAUUAAUAAUGCUGUAAUAUUAUUUUGUUACAUUUGGUUUCAAAUGUUACAUUUACCUGGUACAUAAUUUUUUUUGCUUUUGGAAAUCUCAUAUUUCUUCAUAUCUUUCCUCUGUUAUGAAUACUGUUAACAUUAAGCGAGGUGAAAUGGAUGGACCUAUAUGGGCAUGUUAUUGGAAUAUGUGCAAUGUUUUUAUGUUGAAAUAAAAAUGUGCUGCUAA